GUUUCCGAUAUACGCAUGUAUAUAUAAACUAAAUUUUUUGCUAGGAUCAUCAUUCUACUAAGUAGGAACCGAAGACACAAGCCAAAAUGUUUGCUAAGGUUGUCGCCGCUCUUUGCUUCCUCGGCCUCACCCGCGCUGGCUACCUAGGCGGCGCAGGGUUGGGCUACAGCGGCUUAGCCUACGGAAGUGGACUCAGCGGCUUAGGCUACAGCGGCCUCGGCUACAGCAGCAUUGGUUAUAGCGGCCUCGCCCCAGCGUAUUCUACCUACGCCGCCACACCCGUGGUUAGAACCAUCGCCGCUCCACUCGCCGCUCCACUCGCCGCUCCACUCGCCGCUCCACUCGCCGCUCCACUCGCCGCUCCACUCGCCGCUCCACUCGCCGCACCACUCGCCGCACCACUCGCCGCACCACUCGCCGCUCCAAUCGUCAAAACUGUAGCCCCCAUCGCAACCUACGCAGCCGCUCCCGCUCUUACUUCCGUUUCUCUUCGAUCUGCCCCUAUCGUCAAGACCAUUGCCCCAGUAUCAUCCUACUCGUACGCUCCAGCCCUCUCUUAUGGCAGUUACGGUUAUGGAGCAUACAACAACGGCUGGAUCAUGUCCGUCUGUCCGUUCUUUUAUCAAAGCCAAGCUGCUCCGAUUCUAAACAAUGAUUCCAGAUGUAGUGCUGCCAUUAUAUCCAGAAUUAGCACAAUGUAUUCAACAAUCAUACUCACUCAUCACCUUUUGAAGAUAAAUCAACAAGCUCACAACAUGUUUGCUAAGUUCACCUUCGCUAUUGCCUGCCUCUUCGGCCUGGCUCACGCUGGAGCUCUUUACAGCACCGGUCUCGGCGGUUACGGUGGCUACGGAGCGUAUGGCGGUUAUGGUGGUCUUGGCGCGUAUGGUGGUUACGGUGGCUACGGAGCAUAUGGCGGCCACGGCUACAAUAACUAUGUCGGCGGCCAUGCUAUCUCCCACGUAGCCGUCUCUAAGCAAGUGACUACUCCUGUAUCCACCCUCGGUGCCUACGCCCCCGCCGCGUAUGGUUAUGCCUCCCCUGCCUAUGGUGGCUACGCGUCUGGCUAUGGCGGCUACGCCUCCCCUGCCUACGGUUAUGGCGGCUACGGACACGGAGCUUAUGGAAAUUACUGGUAAACCAACAACGCUGAGAAUAAAAUAAAUUGAUUGUUAAACAC